AUCAAAUUCUCGAAAUUGGAACGGAGACAACGAGUUUCACUUCGAUUGAAACAAGCAGCAUAUAAAAGUGUCAUUGUCGUCUAUUGCGAAUUGUCAUCUAGCCUGGGGUUUAUUAAUGGUUUGCUAAAUGGUUAUAAAUAUCGUUGGAUGACUACAGCAGUGAUCAAUUGA